UUUCAUAUUGCAACAUGGCGACGUACAGUGGAAACCAAUUUGGGGUGUUGCCGUCGUAAAAAAAAUCACUUAGUUCCAUUUCCCGGACAUUUAUCCACCCGCGAUUGCCGUAUUAUCCAAGCCCCUGGCGCGCACUUAUCGACUCGACCAUGGAGCCCAGCGAAGACAACCUCCAAAUGCUCGUCAGCAUGGGUUUUUCCGACCUGACAGAGAUCAAACGAGCGCUAGCGCUGAGCAAGAACGACGUGAACGAAGCGGUGGCGAUCCUGACCAACGAGCAGCCGGGACUUUCCUACGACACGGUGGACGAAGUUGUGGAGAUGUCGGAGGAUCGGGGCGGGUCUGGCUCGGGCAAGUCGAAAGGGGAGCCGCGGCCCGAACUCAAGCUUAACCCGGAUACUGCACCGCCAAGCUACGAUGAAGCUGUUGAACCUGAAGAGGAGGCUAAGUUGUCGGCCAGGCCAGGCCUAAGCACUAUGGAGGAAGAAGACCCAGAGAUGUGUAAGGAGUUCCCAGCGACAAACCUGUAUGAGCUGGAGGGGCGUGUCUUCACAGACCAGUGGUCCAUCCCUUACAAGAAGGAGGAGUCACUGGGGAAAUGUCUGAUCGCUUCAACCAGGAUGGCCCAGGAAAAUCUGAUCGAUUCGGACGAGAACUGCAAGCGUUUUGUGAGCCGCUGCAUGCCCGAGGCCAUCAAGAAGCUCAUGGUGUCCAAUGCUGUGCACCGGUGGGGUGCAGAGAUCCAGGAGGGUAUCUACAACAUGCUGCAGCUGACGGUGGACCUGAUUGCCGCAAGACUCAAGCACAAGCCGGUGCCUGUGGAUCUGCUGGGCGUACUCUCCAUGGUGUUGAAUCCAGAAACGGAGUUCCACUACAAGAAUCGUUCUAAACACUGGGACAAGCUGUACUGGGAAGACAAACUUGGAAUAAACGACACGUACGCCGCCAGUCCGCCGUUCAACUCAUACAAGGAUCCCUGCGGGUGGCUGGUCAAUCUCAUUAACAGGUUUGGAGAGAAAGGUGGGUUGGAGGAGCUGAAGACUAGAGCCCUGGAACCGUGCGAAGAACUGGAUCCAACGAUCAUGGCAGCCCUCUUGCAGCCCCUUGGCGUGACCUCCGAGUACCUCAACACCUUGCGAGUUGCCUCCUUUCUGGGACCCGUCUCCAAGCGCACCUUGAAGUACGUCCGGGAGCUUGCAGACAGCGACUUGAAACAAAAGAGGGCCGGCAGCAUCUCGGACUUGCUCUGCACAAUGAAGUUGCUCUGCCAGAACUUCUGGGUGGAGGACGUCUCCGAGGUCGACGACCUGCGCCUGGAAAUUGCCCUCCGGAUGCUGAAAUCGCCUCACUUCAACGCCAAGAUGAACAGCUUGAAAGAGAUUACUAAAUUGAUAGAGGAUUCAUCAGCUAGGAACCAUCGCACGGCCAUCCAGGAGGAAGUGGUUCUUAAUUGGUUGGUGGACAAGAAGGUCCUGUCCAUAGCACUUGAAGGCAACAUUGACCAGGCGCAAUACUGUGACAGACUGAAGGGUAUAGUGGUGUUCCUGGGUACCAAAUUAUCCCUGGAAGAGCUAACUGGGAUAUGGAACAUGCAGAACGACCAGCCACUGACGGUGGUAGAGAACAUUCAUUCCAUCAUGUCGGCUGUGGCUGUUAAAUUCAGUACGGAACAACUGGAGCAUCUGUUCUGUCUGAUUCAGAAGGCUUGGACCAACGAGAACGAUCGCAUCCAGGAGAAACUCCUUAGCCUGAUUGGCCGGAUCGGCCGCGAGGCCCGCAAUGCUAAGACGACCAGUAAGGUUCUGGAGCUGCUCUGGGACCUGGCCCACAUGCCGGGCAUCUCCGCGUCACACCUCCAGCAAGCCCUGGACGAACAGCUGGCCAUACUCUGUGAUUCCAUCACCGUCAAUAUGACCGUCAAACACAAGUACAUCGGCAAGUGUGUCGGGGACAUCAAGAAGGGUUUGUUGGUUGUACCAGCACUGAGGCAACUGCACUCCAUCACCAGAGGAAUCACAAAACAGAGCUACACCAAAGACAAGGGUUUGCCACAAGAGCUGAACAAGAGCUAUGACAUCAUCAAACUGACGACACAAAGUCUGCUUAAAUAUCACAAGAUGGCCAUCGCAGAAGGACAACCCCUGGGACCCAAAGUAUCAAUAGAUGGCCGCUACACACACGAAGAGUACCUGGAUGUCCACUUGCGAUUCCUGGCCUUCAUUCUCCAAGAGGGGGCGCUGUAUUUGCACUGGCACCGAGCGCGGGAGAUAUGGGAUUGCCUGGUGGCCAAUCCUGACGCCUGUGAAUUUGACGUUGAGACAUGCUUUGAGUGGUUCCGUGUCGGCCUGACUGACCUGGAGCAAGACACCCAGAUGCAACUCUUCAAGGAGAAACUGCUCAAGCUAGACCCCACCACUCUCUCCCCGACGGGCUUUGAAUGCAUCAAACCCUUCUUUGAAACUGUCAACAUCAACAGCGACGCUUUGAAAAAGACAGCCACUGGUCUGGUGGUGGAGAAGCUGGAUUUGUACGGUCUGGACUUUAUGUGGCAGGUAGCUCUUGAGACUCCUGUGGAGGAGAUUGCCGAUCAGGCCAUCAGGCAUCUGAUGAAGAUGUGCUAUUCCAACCUGUCACGCAAGCUCAAGAAGGAUCCUGUUGCCUUGCAUAAUGGCUUCAUCGCAGAGUGCUACCACAGGCUGGAGCUAGCCACCAUCGCGCUGGGAGGCACAGCCGUAGCCCGUGCUAUCUCCCAAGCCACCAAGACGCUGACUGCGGCUACUGUGCCUGGCGUAGCCACGAUCCCAAGCCCCUUGAGAGAGCAACCAUCUUGUGGUCUAAUGACGAGUUGUCGAAGAGCGGCAAAGUUACUAGUGAUCGAGCGACUCCUCAAGCUAGCCGAGACGUACAUCACCACGGUUGAGGACCAGCAUCUCACGCCUCGUACCAUCCUGCCACACGGCGCGUCGUACCAGGGACAGCCCAUCACCAUGCAGGUCAUCUGCGACUCACCCAAGUACGACUUCAUCCUUGUGGGUCACGGGAACGAGACAUUGCAAAGCGUCCGUCAGCGAAUUGCCCAGCGGAUGAGAACAACGGUGGACAACAUUCAAAUAGCUGCAAAUGAUAGAAUGCUGAUGUCCAACAAGUACCCCAAGCUGCUGCGGCAGUUGGAGUUUGAGGAGCAGCAGGUGUUGACGGUCAAACAGUUGGGAACAGCGGUGUCCAGAAUUGACGAGAGCGUUCCGUUCACUGGCAGACAGAGCUACUUGACCGAUAUGGAGAGGUCGUUGCCAGGUGUCGUCAUGGCAACAGGAGGUCAAGUCUUUGAGAUGCUGUAUCAGCUGGCUGAGCUGGAAGGAUCGAGGUUAACAGAAAGGGUACGAAAUCUGUUGAUGUUAAUCCCGACAGAUCCCACUGUACAAGAAGCACUGGACUCCAUCUGUAGACAGACGGAAGGUUCGUCAGUGGACUGGGGUGAUGGUUUCAACUCUCCUAAGGAAACCACAAAAGCCACGCUAGAAUCCCUCUUCAAGACCAACUCACAGAGCAUGUCGGCGUUCAGGCUCCUGUACAACCUAGAGGUCCUAAGUAGUCGCCUAGUACCCUCCCUCCAGGAGGACAGAGCCACCCAGACCAGCGCCCAGACCUUCCGGGAGAACUUCCUGAAUGCCGGCGGGCUGAGCCUAGUCAUCAGUGUGCUGCAGAGGGAGUCCAUCCCACAGGACUUGGAUGAAGAGACGCGGAGGGGAUGCUACAUGAUCUGCCUGCACCUGGCCAGGUUUCUACUGUGCGGGGAGACCACCACUGCGGUCAUGGAAAGUGACCUGUCGCUGACCGAGGGCCAGGCGGACCUGUCAGCAGACAGCAACUCGGGGAUCCUGUCGUCCAGCUACGGGACCUCGCCACGCAAGAUGAGCUUGGUGGAGAGAAUGUCCAGCGUGGAAGCCAGUGGAGACGUGGCUUACAGGGAGGGCACGUCCACAGCUAUUGCAGUCAUACAGACGAUGAGCACGUCGGAUUUCUCGUCCAUGAUCGGCUGCCUGAUGCGCGUGUGCUGGGCAGCGGCUGCAGGCCAGCUGCGUCUGGCCAGCUCGGCCAAUCAGAUCAAAGAGAAUCCCGGCGGGGGAUUCGCCAUGGGAAUCCACAGGCGUAGCAGACACAGUAGCGGAGCGAGUUCCUCCAGCGACGCUGACGUCCAGAGUCUCCACGCGGGAGUCUGUCUCCUAGCUACCCACGUCUCCACAAAGGAUGCCAUGAUAGCACGGGAGGCCCUGGAGCUACUGGUGGCCUGCCUGCAACUCCGGAGCCACAACCUCUCAUCUUUCUACAACAUGCCUGCGAUGAGCGACUUUGUCAUCGACAUCCUCCUAGCCUGCCCACACAACGAGGUCCGCACAGCAGCCAUGGAGCAGUUCCACACCCUAAGCAUCACCAAUGUCAACCCCGCGAGUAUACGCACGCUCCAUCCUAGGCACUUCCUACUUCAGGUGUUACUCAGUGUACCGGUUCCACUAUGGACGUCCAGCUGUCUAGUCAGAGGGACAAACCAAAGGAUAAUUACUCAGUGUUCACAGUACUUUGAGCUGAGGUGUCGACUUCUAGAGCAACUCACAGUUGAUGACCAGCAGUUUCUAAACAUUAACCCCACGUCGAUGAUCACGGACGAGAUCGACUGGCUCAAUAACUUUGAGCCGUGCGACUCGGACGAGGCCAGUUUCCAGCAGACGGAUAACAUCAUCAUCGCUGGUCAUCUGCAGCUGGCCAAGACGCUGCUAACGUGUGAAGGCAUGGACAAGAAGAAAAUCGGGAAGCAGCUACUGGACAAGUUGUUGAAUGAGUUCCUCUUUCCAGCAUCCAGACUGAUACUGGAUAGUUCCAGCAACACGGACAAGCUGAACCCACAAGCAGAGCACAGUCCAAAGAUCUCAGGUAGAGAGAGUCGCAUGGCAGCGUUUGACCUCUUGAUCAUACUGUGUGAGGAUUGUCCAGAGAACCUACAGCUGGUCAGCAGCCAGCUCAUCGAUAUGCACCACAAGCAGGAUCCGGCCAACGCCAAAGAGUGGGAUUACCUACCUCCAGUUGACGGCCGGUCACCCAGCAAAUAUGUGGGUCUGAGGAACGGUGGGGCCACAUGCUACAUGAACUCAGUCAUCCAACAGCUGUAUAUGACGCCAGGCAUCAGAGAGGGCCUGCUGAAGGACAGCAACCUAGACCUAGACGAGGACAGCGUAUUCUACCAGAUGCAGACAGUCUUCGGCCACCUGAUGGAGAGCCGUCUACAGUACUAUGAGCCGGAGCGGUUCUGGCGGGUCUUCAAACUCUGGGGCCAACCGGUCAACAUCCGAGAGCAGCAAGACGCCUUUGAGUUCUUCACCAACCUGACAGACCAGCUGGACGAAUUCCUUAAGAAGAACAAACAGAAGGAAGUCUUCAAGCCCAAAUUCCAAGGAAUUUUCUCUGAUCAGAAGAUCUGUGAGGACUGCCCGCACAGAUACGAAAGAGAGGAAGAGUUUUUUGCUCUCAAUUUAACAGUCAAGAGUCACAAUCUGGAGUCGUCGCUGGACCAGUUUGUCCGUGGGGAACUGCUGGAUGGGGACAACGCUUACUUCUGUGAAAAGUGCAAUGAAAAGAGGAACACUAUCAAGAGAAUGUGCAUUAAGACCCUGCCGCCGGUGCUGGUCAUCCAACUCAAGAGGUUUGACUACGACUGGGAGGCAGGGAGGGCCUUGAAAUUUGACGACUACUUCAAGUUCCCCUGGGUCCUGGACAUGGAGCCAUACACAGUCAAAGGCAUAGCAAGGCAGGAGGGUCAGCAACCAGACGAGGCGUCGUCGGCUGGGACACCAGACAAUAGCAAGCCGCACACGUCGGAGGACUUGUACCACCUCGUGGGCAUCAUUGUCCACAGCGGCCAGGCUAACGCUGGACAUUACUACUCCUUCAUCAAGGAUCGAUGGGGCACGACCAUGACCAAUAACUCCAAGGGCAAAUGGUUCAAGUUCAACGACACCGUUGUGGACGAGUUUGACAUGUCUGAGGCUGCGCUGGAGGCAGAGUGCUUCGGAGGCAACUACAAACCAAAGAUCUAUGAACCCAGCGGAAGUUCCUACUCCUCUGAAAUGAGGCUGCGAUACUGGAACGGCUACAUGCUGUUCUACGAGAGACUAGAAGGUGCCAUCACGCCUGUGGGACCAGCCGGCAAAGUACCAGCCGGCAACAACAGAGUGACGCUACUCAAGCAAGACAGCGAGGGCGAGAUUCACGUUUUGGAACCAGUCAGUUCCCCCGAGCUGUCCCCACACCACGACGGCGAUCGUCUCAGCGAACUGACUGCGCUGGUGCGCAAGGGGGAGCACCGGGGGAUGUUCAUGGAUCGCAUGCCGCCAGGGAUCCAGCGUGUCAUACGCGACAACAACCUCCAGUUCCUGAGGAACCGCGCCAUCUAUGACACCGAUUACUUCACCUUUGUCCGGAGCCUUGCGUCCUGCAACAUGUCUUUCACACUGAGCAGUUACUACGACUCCUGUGCCGUCACCAGCCUGCAACUAGCCUUCCAGUUUCUAUUCAACAAUUACUUCCGAACCAAAAAGAAACUCAGGUCCGAUAUAGGCGAGUGGUGGGGCUGCAUUGAGCAACUGGUCAUCCAGAGCAAGGAAGGAUCGACAUGGGCGCUGACUUUCAUGGCCAGUCCGCAAGGCCAGACGUACAUCAAGCAAUUUUUACUCGAGUGUCCCACGCGCGAGGUCCGCAUCGCCUUUGGCCGCAUCAUGCAGUACAUCCUGCAAAGUUUCGUCCACUUCAGUCCGGCCUUGGUGUCUAGUUCCCAACCUCUCAAUAGCCUGAUUGAGUACCUGCUCUCGCUGCUGGACAAGGAGGUGCCAGACCAUUGCAAGACGUGCCAGCAGUACUUCUGGCUUCUCAGCUCCUACCUUGAUGCGGAUAUUGUAUGCUGCAAACAUCUGUUCACUAAGUCUGCCGUGCGGCGGAUCGUAACGUUCCUGUUGGGCCCACACACUACACAGAACGAGGAGGAUGUUCAGACGAGGCGAUGGACGUCCCUGCAAACCAAAGAGUUCACUUAUCUCCACACGAUGCUGGCUGUCAUGAUCCUGUACUGUGACGUCUCCAAGUUCAGAACAAUUGAUCAAGGGGAUUAUCCACCGAGGCAGCGGACAUUGAUCAUCCCCACCAGUAAGCCGCUAGCCAUGCCCAGCGACAUGCAACAGAUCCUCUUUGCCACGGAAGGCAUCAAGUACAUCCGGGAGGUCAUACUGAUGUUCCGUGAAGUACCCAAUGCAACCACUGCACUGCUCGACAUGCUGCUGCAUUGCUGCUACUGCAACGACACGUUCACCUUGUCCGUCAUGAUGAUGAUCCACGGUCAGGUGUCCUCGGCACCCACCAAUGAGCUAAAGCACAUCUUGAUUCUCCUCCUGGAGCUGUUGAUGAUGGAGGACCCCCUGCAGGGCAAGCGCCUCAAGCUAGCCGUGGAAGGGAACAACAGCAAUGGCCUUUUGGAGAUCAUCCGUAAAUGUACGUCCACGGACAGCCGUCGGUCCUACCAGUGCAUCAAAUUCCUGGUCCAUCUGUCCAACAAAUGCUCCAUGGCCAAAGAGUAUCUGAUGACCAUCUCGGUCCGGUGGCAGUGGGCGGUCAACUGGCUCAAGAAAAAGAUGAGCGAGCACUACUGGACGCCUCAGAACGUCUCCAACGAAUCCAGCACGGGACGGUCCUUCCAACGCACCAUGAGUGCUCAGGACACGCUGGCCGAAGCCACCGCGCUGUUGGAUGAGCUCAACACGCGUGACGACGACGGUGAACACAUCGAGAACGACGAAGAGGAGGAGGAGUACGUCGAGGGGGACUCCAACACCAAGAUGGAGGUCAACGGGUCGUCAGAGGGGUCAGAGGUCAACGGGAAUGAAGACAGCUCCGAGUCUUCCAAGACGCUGGUUCAGGACGACGUGGGCGACUUGGAUGACAUUGAUACAUAACGGCGUUUUUUUUUUCUGUUUCAGAAUUUGUAGCCAAUAGAAGAUGGUUCCUUACUCCUGGGGUCAUAAGUCAGAGGUCAUCACAGGUCAGGUCGUAGGAAACCAAGGGCCAGGUUGCGUAUUUUUUUUUUGCUGACACAUCGUAUUUUAACCAAUCACAUCACGCACCCUAACAUGAAUAUUUAUCACGCUGUGUGGAUGGAAGACACUUAGGUUUUCGUAGUGUUUUCCCUGCAAUUAACUUAUGCCAAUAAACAAAAUAUUUCAUAAAAUUGGACAAGGGUUCAAACCAUCUUGCGAUCCAUGGUUCACUCCACUAUCCACUAGGUCAAUCCUGCUUUACCUAGGCUGGGAGCUCUCAAUUGUUGAAAACAGCCACUUGACUGAAAGGACAACUUGGCACAGAAUGUCUGUUUGCAUAGGGUUAAAGCAGACAAUGAAUGCUUCAUAACAAUAUUUGUUGGCCAAGCAAGUCAAGAAGUUAUAAUACCUCGCAUGAUUUGUACCGCGACAAACCUGUUUUUGCUGAGCAGAUAUUUUCCAUGCUUACCAGAUUUCUGUUGGCUGCUGUUCCUGUUCAUCAGUCGUUCACUCUAUUCACCACGUUCACUGUAAGCCAUAAUUUUGUGUCGCACAAAUUCUUCUAUUUUAAGCCAAUAUAGGACAAAGUUUGUUUGUUAUUUUUUUUAUUUGGACUUGAGUGUAGAUUGUAGAAGCAAUAAUUUUAUACGGACACAAUUUGUAGCAUAUGGUAUGUGUGUCGUUUUACCGUAAAGUCUCACAGCCAGGUUAGCAAGGGAUGCAAAAGUGACACAAUUUUAUAAAAACCUGAAUUUAAACCUUUUUUCACACUGAUUCUUUUUAUUGGAUGUUUUGCAUAGUAACUUGGUCCAUUUCUAACCGUUACCACUCCCGGGUCCUACAUAUUCCAUCAGAAUUUUUUUUGAAGGAUUUUAUAGGAUUUAGGAAGUUGGGCCUAGCUUUUAUUUUUUGACACAGGGGUUGAUGCACCUUUGAAGUUUCAAAAAUGACUUUGUUUUGUGCACUGUGUUUGAUUUUGUAGGAUUCAGGAAUUUUCUAUCAAAAGUGCUGCGGGAUUUACAGUGAAUUUCUUUUUUUUCUUCUGUUUAUUGAUUACCCCACUUGAUUAAAUCAAGUUGCAAAAUAGUUUAUGCAUUGAAAUAACUUUAGAUCAAAUAACUCUACAAAGAUGUUUGAAUGUGAAAUCUGUGCAUAGAGUAAAUUCUUCACUGUAAAAAUACUGAAUUCUGGCAUCUUCAAGCAAACUUGAAUCCUCGAUCCUGAUUGGCUGAUCCAUGGCAACAACAUUAUCCAUAUCGCAGUCUUGGUAUCGCACUAUUCUUAGAUGUGCACUAUACCUACUGCACGCACGUGUUAAACGAUAACCGCUGGAAAGUUCGUGUACAGGGUGCGCACGUUCGAUCCAGCUUUACUGUGCGUCAAGUUGGCUUGAAGAUAAAUCCGUUUUCCACUCGCGCUCAUGGAAAAUGAAAAAUUUGGUGCGUCUGUGUUCCACAUACCACUUGGUCUUCAGCCUUCUGGCAUUUGGUACUCAGACGCACUACUUUGUCCUGUGUUCAACUCACGCUCGUGGGAUGAUUAAAUGACUAUGACAUACAUUUUGUCAUCAUUAUUGUCUGCUGUAAAUAGUUUUUAAAAACAACAACAACAACAACAAAACGGGUUGUACUUGAGAUUUUCACACAGCAUGAGUACUCUAUCUAACAACUUUUCAAAACUGCCUCAGCUAAAACAGAAUUUGAUAGUAUUUUUGGAUCUAGAUUUGAAACUAGCUGCGACUGGUUUCAACCAGAUAGAUUACAUGUAUAUCAUUAACCUUUGACCGUGAUGUGUUUCAUGAGAACCAAUCAGAUUGUACCAGGAAUGGCAUGAAUAUUCAUAAAAAGGAAAGCAUCCAAUACCAGGCGACUACCUUCACUCUUUCAUCCAAUCGCAACUGCAUGUGGUAUCGCUAUGGCAAUACCUAAUUAAUAUGCAUUUUCGGUAUCUUCCAUGUAGAUAGUUUGGUAGCGGUGUGUUUUAAGUAAAAAUGAAUAACUUAUAGUUACACACACCAAUGCAAGUUAUUUUUCAAGUAGCAUUAAAUGAGAUUUGAAUUUUCAUUUUUUUUGGUGGGGGGGGGGUGUUUUGCUCGAUAUGUUAACUAUUGAAGGUCCCUUUCUGUGUAAAUUUAAUAACAUCUUCAUCAAGUGCUGUAAAUAGUAUGCCUCACUAUUUCAUAUGUAAAUACUUUGUACAUAAGAAAAAUACAACGUAGGUUUUUGUUAAAAAUUCAAAAUGCCCAUUUUUCAUUUUAAAAUGAGAUAAAGAGACCAUUGAGAUAAGUUGGGAAAAACAAUUCUUGUUGUUCAUUUGUAUGUGGGAUUUUUUCAAUUGAGAAGAUGAAAAUACCUGGUCAAUGUUAAGGUCAUAUGGACAUUUAUGUAGGGGGCUGAGUUCUUGCACACUUUAACAUAAUUAACAUCUGCACAAUUAUUCUGUUGUGUUCCAAAUUUUGUUUCAAGUAGUUAUGAAGUUUUACUUUUUCAAUUGGUUCAGUAAUUCCAUUUGUUUUAACCCAUUGUCAAAUUCCAUAAGAAAAAAUCUGAAAUUAUAUUUAAUUUGAAGUUCAUAGGAUGUGGUGCUUUAAUGCUUGUAGCAUAAGUUGAAAAGUUGCAUUUUUGUUCGUCUGUUGAAUUGUUUGUAAUGUUAACUGUGCUUUAAAUACUGACGUGACAUUACAAACUACGCUUUUUAUGCUACAGAAAAGUAGACCUUGCAGCAAAGGUUUCCACCUGAAUUAUUUUCAUUUUCUGCAGUCAGUGAAGCAACCUUGAUAAGCAGAAAAACUUUAACCUUUUUUAGUUUUAAUUUUGUAUAGGUAAUGUGUGCAAUGAGCAGAUUAUUCCAAAAUUGCACCCGCCAGGUACGAACAUUUGAUAUAUCUGUUCAAA